GCAGAGCGUGGAGAACAACGAGUGGAGCGUGACAGGGAGUUCGUUCCGAGGGGAGGGCUCACGUAGGAGCUGGCCGGAGAUCUUGGGUCCAGAACCAGUCUUGAGGGAGUCGGGGGAUCCAGAGACAUCUCAGAGGGAAGGAGGGGUCCAGGCAGGGUUCAGAGGGGAGCUUGGUCCAGAGCGGGUUCAGCUGGCUGCUGCGACCGUUCCCGGGCAGCUGGUUCUGUCAAGGCAGGAAGGAGAAGCAGAGUUAACUACUCACAAAAAUCACAGAACCGUGAAGGCUAGAGAGAGUACUGACUGCAUGAGUCGUAUACAACAAUCUGGCAACAAGUGGAGAGUUCAGCCGGUCUUUUAACUGCAGAGGUGAUUAAUGGAAUGGGAUCCAGCUGCCCAGGUACUGGAGAGGUGGUUGAUUAUCAAAUCGCAGCCAGCUGUGACUGCUUAGCUCUGGACCUGCUGAAAGGAGGGAGAGAGGGGGAGCUGGAGGAAGAGAGAAAGGAAAAGAGAGACAGGAUCUCGGUGAAACAACGACAUCAUGAGCGACCACUUCGACUGCAAGAACUGCAACGAGUCCCUGUACGGACGUAAAUACAUCCAGGUGGAGGCCGAGCCGCACUGCAUCCCCUGCUACGACCGUCUGCACGCCAACACCUGCCAGGAGUGUAAGGAGGUCAUCGGACACAACGCAAAGGAGCUCUUCUAUGAGGACCGUUACUACCACGAGCACUGCUUCCGUUGUUUCCGCUGCGAUCGCUCCCUGGCCGACGAACCCUUCACCAGCCAGGACGACGGUCUGGUCUGCAGCGACUGCUACUGCAACGAGUUCUCCUCCAAGUGUGUUUCCUGCGACAAGACGGUGAUGCCAGGUUCCAGGAUGUUGGAGUACGACGGAUCCACGUUCCAUGAGGACUGCUUCACGUGUCACGGCUGCGAGAAGCCGAUCAGCGCCGAGGCCUUCAUCCCCGACAAAAACAACUACUACUGUGUGCCGUGUCACGAAGGACGCUUCGCUCCUCAGUGCAGCCACUGCAAGAAGGCUCUCACUAAGGGCGGGGUUACCUACCGGGACGAGGUCUGGCAUAAGGAGUGCUUCCUGUGCAGCGGCUGUGGAGCUCCUCUGGCCGGUCAGCCGUUCACCUCUCAGGGAGAAGCUCCGUUCUGUGUCAAGUGUUUCAGCAGCCUCUACGCCAAGAAGUGCUCUGGAUGCAACUCUGCAAUCACAGGUUUUGGCGAUGGGAAGUACAUUUCCUUUGAGGAGCGCCAGUGGCACCAGCCCUGCUUCAAGUGUUCUCGCUGCUCCGUGUCGCUGGUCGGAUCCGGGUUCUUCCCCGACCGGGACCAGAUUCUGUGCACAGACUGCAACAACGACGACUGAGUGACAUGAGAUGUCCAACAUAGAAGCACCAAACACCAGCAGAACGUUCCAAACCUCAGCUUCACUCCAACACUGCAGCUCCACCCAGUAAAGCUGAUCCGUCUACGCCUCCUAUUGGCCUCAAAUCCUCUUUGUUUUUAUGUUUUGCACAUUAAAGAAUGAAUAGAAAUAUAUGUAAACGUUUAAGUUAAACUGGUUCGUAAAGCGAGAUGGAACUUAAAUCUGAAUGUUGUGAACUCAGUUCUGUCAUUUUUUUUCACUAUUCCUGUACGUUAGCGUCUGUUCAAAGUUAACUGUCACUUUUUUGUUUUUCUUUCAGCUUAGAUUCAUUUUUACAGCAAUAAAAUGUCUUUAAAUGAA